UUUCCUAGACGGGUCCACUGCAGAUCAGCACUCACAGAAAGGAGCCCCUCCUGCACAGGCUGCUGUUUGGGACUGAAUGAGAGACAAGCGCUCCAGCGGGCCGGUCAGUACUCACAUUAAGCCCGUGUUCGCGGUUCGGACAGGAGGGACAUCAUCAUGGCUCUGAAGAUCGUGAAGGGAAGCAUCGAUCGGAUGUUCGAUAAAAAUCUGCAGGAUUUAGUACGUGGCAUUAGGAACCAUAAGGAAGAUGAGGCCAAAUACAUCUCCACAUGCAUCGAUGAGAUCAAACAAGAACUCAAACAGGACAACAUCGCUGUCAAAGCCAACGCAGUCUGCAAGCUGACCUACUUGCAAAUGCUGGGCUAUGAUGUCAGCUGGGCUGCUUUCAACAUCGUGGAGGUGAUGAGCUCCUCCAAAUUCACGUACAAGCGAAUUGGUUAUCUUGCAGCAUCUCAAUGCUUUCAUGAGAGCACUGAUGUCAUCAUGCUGACAACCAAUCAGAUCCGUAAGGAUCUUAGUAGUCCCAACCAGUACGACACCGGUGUGGCCCUGACUGGGCUUUCCUGCUUUGUGACCCCUGACCUUGCCCGUGACCUGGCCAAUGACAUCAUGACUUUGAUGUCCCACACUAAGCCAUACAUUAGGAAGAAGGCGGUGCUAAUCAUGUAUAAAGUGUUCCUGAAGUACCCUGAAUCCCUCCGUCCCGCCUUCCCCCGACUCAAAGAGAAACUGGAGGAUCCAGAUCCCGGUGUCCAGUCAGCAGCUGUGAAUGUCAUCUGUGAGCUGGCCAGGAGAAACCCCAAGAACUAUCUUUCCUUGGCUCCCUUGUUCUUCAAACUUAUGACCUCCUCCACCAACAACUGGGUGCUCAUUAAGAUCAUUAAGCUGUUUGGUGCACUCACUCCCUUGGAGCCUCGUUUGGGAAAGAAGCUAAUUGAGCCACUUACAAACCUCAUUCACAGUACCUCGGCCAUGUCUCUUCUUUAUGAGUGCGUCAACACUGUUAUAGCAGUGCUGAUCUCACUGUCCUCUGGGAUGCCCAAUCACAGCGCCAGCAUACAGCUAUGUGUGCAGAAACUGCGAAUCCUGAUUGAAGACUCGGACCAGAACUUGAAGUACUUGGGUCUGCUGGCCAUGUCCAAGAUCCUGAAGACCCAUCCUAAGUCUGUGCAGUCACACAAGGACCUCAUCCUGCAAUGUCUGGACGACAAAGAUGAGUCGAUUCGUCUAAGAGCCCUGGAUCUGCUCUACGGCAUGGUGUCGAAGAAGAACUUGAUGGAGAUAGUGAAGAAACUGAUGCUGCAUGUGGACAAAGCCGAGGGAACCACUUACAGAGAUGAAUUGCUCACCAAGAUUAUCGACAUCUGCAGCCAGAGCAACUACCAGUACAUCACCAACUUUGAGUGGUACAUUAGUAUUCUGGUGGAGUUGACUCGUCUGGAGGGCACAAGGCACGGUCACCUGAUUGCCUCGCAGAUGCUGGAUGUUGCCAUCCGAGUCAAAGCAAUCCGAGGCUUCGCUGUUGCUCAAAUGGCGACUCUGCUGGACAAUGCACAUCUGCUGACUGGCAACACACAGCGAAAUGGCAUCUGUGAGGUUCUCUACGCUGCUGCAUGGAUCUGCGGAGAGUUUUCAGAGCAUUUGGAAGAUCCCAUGCAGACAUUGGAGGCCAUGUUGAGACCCAAAGUGGCCACACUUCCUGGUCAUAUUCAGGCAGUGUACGUACAGAACGCUGCAAAGCUGUUUGCUACCGUGCUGCAAAAACACGAAGGGGAGACGGACAGCCAGGCUGCACAAGAGACGAGCCAACUUCUCAUAGACAGACUGCCACUGUUCGUCCAGAGUGCUAACCUGGAAGUGCAGGAGAGGGCGUCCUGCAUCCUGCAGCUGGUGAAGUACAUCCAGAAGCUGCAGCAGAAAAAUGUAGAUGUUGCAGAGGAAGUGACGGCUCUCUUUGCUGGAGAGCUCAACCCCGUGGCCCCCAAGGCCCAGAAGAAAGUGCCUAUACCACAAGGACUGGAUCUGGAUGCCUGGAUCAAUGAGCCUCCAUCAGAGAGCGAGUCUGAGGAUGAGAAACCCAAAGCCGUGUUUGCUAAAGAAGAACCCAAGCAUUACAGAACAAAACACACUGAGGUGGAUGAGAAGGAGUUGGCCAGGAGAAGAGAAGUCAGGAAGCAGGAACAGGCCAGCAACCCAUUCUACAUCAAAGCCUCUCCAUCAUCUCAGAAGGUUUAUGAUGCGCCAGGUGUUGAGCACAUUCCAGUGGUGCAGAUUGACCUUAGCGUGCCUCUCAAAGUCCCAGGGAUGCCCAUGUCAGACCAGUACGUUAAGCUGGAGGAAGAGCGCCGGCAGAAGGCAAAGUCGGAGAGGAAGAAGAAAGAGAAGAAGAAAAAGAGAGAGAAGCGAGGCAAAGAGAGGAAGGCAGAUUCAGGUCCUGAGAGUGAGGAAGACAUCGCGCCUGCUCACCAGGUGGACAUAGUCACAGAGGAAAUGCCAGAGAAUGCCUUACCAAGUGACGAUGACGACAAAGAUCCCAAUGACCCUCACAAAGCUCUGGACAUCGAUCUUGACAAGCCACUUGCAGACAACGAGAAGCUUCCCGUGAGAACUCACCGUCCAGAGGUGCUGAAGAGCCCUGCAGAUGACCGAGAGAAUGAGACCGUCCCACUGGAGACCAAGAAGAAGAGCAGUAAGGAGAAGAAAGAAAAGAAGGAUAAGGACAGGAAGAAGAGCAAAGAGGAAAAGAAGAAAAAGAAGAAACGCAAAGAAGUGGACGAGCCGCCUCUGGAAUCCCAGCUAGAAGAGGCUGUCCAAUCAGAGGAGAUCCAAGAGGUGGCAGCCCCACCCACAUCCACAUCUGCUGAGGCCUCCGAUCUGGAUUUCUGGCUCUCUACCGCUCCUGUUCCCCCCGCCACCCAGGAUGUAACAGCACCUCCGUCAGCCGUGACUGUAGCCACGAGCUCUGCGGCCACGCCAGAUUCUGAGCCAGAGGAGCCUAAAGAGACAGAACCAGAGGACACGAAAUUAUCCAAACACAAGAAAAAGAAGCAGAAGAAAGAGAAGGAGGAGAAGGAAAAGAAAAAGAAGAAACGACACCACCAUCAUCACCAUCACAGUGACGGAGGAGAGGAUUCAGUGCAGAAUGGCACUGUGGAGGAGGAGGAGGAGGAGGAGGAACCUCUUCCACCCAUGUCCAACUACUCUCUGCUGGCUGAGAACACCUACAUCAAGAUGGUGUACGAUAUCCAGGGCAACCACCAGGAUGAGAGCAAGGUUGUAGUGUCUGUCAUCUUUGAGAACAAGAGUGACAGUUUCCUCAAGUCUAUGGAGUUCAACGUGCUAGAUUCCCUCAAUUCCAAACUGCAGCGACCGGAGGGAGCCGGACCUCAUGACAGUCUCACCGUCCCCUUCCAACUGCCACCAGGGGUGUCAAAUGAGGCCCGGUUUGUUUUCUCGGUGCAGAGUAUCGUCAUGCCUCAGAAACUAAAGGGAACCCUCACCUUUAUUGUUAAGUCAGAAGACUCCUCUACUCAUGAGAAACUGGACUUCAGACUGCACUUUACAUGCACGUCAUACCUAAUCACCACUCCCUGCUACAGUGAUGCAUAUGCUAAACUGCUGGAGUCGGGCAACCUGAAGGGGACUUCUCUACGGCUAGAGGGGAUCAUCAUGCCCUUCCAUCACCUGCUGGCCAGGAUCUGCUUCCACCAUCACUUCUCUGUUGUGGAGAGGAUUGACUCCUGCUCAUCCAUGUACAGCAGGUCGAUACAAGGUCACCAUGUCUGUUUGCUGGUCAAAACCGCCGAUCAGACCAUCUCCAUUGACGCCAAGUGUGACGAGCCAUUGCUGCUGGGGAACUUGCUGGAUGAGAUCAAGCAGACCUUCUCAAAAUGCUGAUUGUAUCUGAGACCACUCCCUAAACCCCCUUAAACCCACUACAGCCUCUGCGACGGAAACGUGCGCUCAGAAUCAUAUCAUGCGAUCUGAGACUUGCGUGCCCUCCUCUGCAACUCUUCCUUUUUAUUUAUUGUAUCUCUCAUUCUGUUUUUCCUCUCAAGACCACAACACCCCUCUAUUGCCUUUUGCGUCACUGAUUUUUGUUUUCUCCUCUUCUACAUCAUACUUCCAAUGUGCAUUCCUCUCAUCCGAUCUCAUCAUUCUACACUCUCAUCUUGGCAUGUUCUCAAACUGGAAACUUUGUUUUAACGAUUUUCGCUCUUACUGUCUUUCUCAUUUCUGCGUUGCCAUUGUAUUAAUGGUCUGUGACAUUCACGUUAAGAACUGGAUUUUUCAUUGUCGAUGCUUGAGUUGUUUUUGUUUUUUAAUGUUUUGCAUUGUGGUGUUUGCUUAAUUUUGUUCUGAAAUCCAUCAGCGCCUUUCUCCGCAUUAAACAUCAACAUGUUUGCUCCUUGACAGUUUUGUAGCAUAUGUGUGAUGUGUUUUUUUAUUUUAUUUUAAGGCUAGCCCUUGCAAGAAGGUUUAAAUAACCUCUGGAUACUCAGUAUUGCACUAGAAACCCUGACACUCUACACUCACCUCCCACCCUCAAUCACUAAGGGCCCCUGAGCACUUGAGGUACUCCACACCCAACCUCACAAAUGUGGUUCCAAACAUGCAAAUCGUGGUACUUGAGGAUGUAUAGGAACACUGUUGCAUUCUACAACCAUGCUUAUGAUCCAAGUGCGUGUGAUCAUGUGGAUCACUACUAUUUAUGUCCUAAUGCUGACCCAAAAAUAAGAGUGAAACUGUCAUAAUAUUGAUUUAUAGUGAGUUUAAACUACAUUGGUAACUACGAGAGUGUAUAAUUAAUAUAACUGCACACUAACCGACCUUGUAGGCUCAGGACAAUGGCAGUUUAUAAAAGUUAAUUAUUCCAUGGCUUUCAAAUCUGAUCUAGUAAUUCUUGUACUUGUGUUUCUCCAUGGAUACAGUUUCUCAGUUGGACUCCACCAGAACUCCAAGAAUUGCCCAUCAUGAAAGUAAUAUUAUAAUUAAAAACAAGUUUGGCUCUAUUGUCAGCAUCUCUGGCAUGCUGUUGGUUACUGCAGAAAAAAGCCCAACUCAUACCCUGGUUUGUGAAAACCAAUGAAAAGUGUGUUGAAGGUUGUGCACUUGCUAUGGAAAUGUUGUCUAGCCUAACAACCGAAAGCUUGCAUUGACAGCUUUGCACUUUCAAUAAAAGUAAAUGGAGCAAGCAGUUGCCCCAUAGACUUCCAUUGUAAGUGUAUUUCAGUAUACACAUUGUUUUCAGUGCUGAAAACUGCUUAACCCAUCUUAAGGUUGUUAGACUGACCUGUUGUUCUGGCUUUAGAGGGAUUUGGUGCACUUGUCUGUUGGUAGAUCAGAUAAACUUGGCUGAUUUUUUGUUGUUGUUGUUAUUUCCAGCAGGGUUUACUGAGGUACGAGUUGAAAUCUGAAAUUUGUGGUAAUCGUAAGAAUUAUACAUUUGUAGUUAAUCCCAAAUAUUUAUUUACGUUCUAUUGAUCAUACUGACAGUAUCUGAUGUUGCUGAACAGUAUUAUACUGUAAAAGUGAUCCAUUGUGUGUUUCUUAUACAUGUCUUAAGAAUAUUAUAUUGUUAAAGGGAGCCAAUGUCUGUGAAACCUGAGCACUCCCUCAGUCUGUAUCACAUCUGUAAUGGCUUCAUGCCUUAGACAUCAUCCAAACCCACGCUUGUGUUUCUUCAGCUCUUAAAACUGCCAUCUUGUAUGUUUGCCGAUUACAAUUAAUCAUUUCUUUUUUUUUCUUCUUAUUUAUGCUGUUAAAUGCCUUUUUUUCACACUACUGAACAUUGACUGACUAAUUAAAACACAUGCUGUAAGCAGCUCUUGUCUGAUCCAGCUCGCUGUAGCGCUCUGUUGUAAGGACGCAACCAAAGUACAGUUUACCUGCUCUUGAAACCUAACAUUAUCUUAAGGCGAAACAAGUGUUUUACAUCAAAGUACAAAUAAGUUUAUCAAGAAGUGACUUCUGGAAGAACAAUAUUGCAGAUUUAUGAGGCUUGAAGACCGAAUCAUUUCAUAUGGAUGAAAAUGACUAAUUAUUAAAUCUUAUUGUUAAAAGUCACAUUCAUAGUUAUUACUUGCAUGGGUAGGAAUGCAAACUUUUUGCCUAUUUUGUUUUUCUUCGACUUAUGGACACUUGACUAUAAAAUUCCCUGAUCAUUCCUUUGUCACAGUUAUUUUCUAGUUUACUUUUAUGUAAAAGUUAGCUUCACCAUAUUACACCUUUUGAUGGUAUUAUGUAUUUUUACUUGCUAUGAGUACAUGAACUUCAAAACAAUGUCUUGGAAUGUUAUAAAAAUAAUUGCAUUUUUGCAUUAAAUAUAUAUAUAUGAUAUGAUAUAUAUAUAUAUCAAUAGAGGGGGUUUGGGAGGAGGGUCUUCAGUGUCAAGAAGCUGAGAUUUACAGUACGGGGUCCAAAUAGUUAUGAAUACUUAGCAGUUCAAUGUGAUUCACGUGAAGUGGCCCAGCCGAUCUAAUAAGGGUUUUCCUUCUGGCAAGUUGUAGUGCAGAAUUGCUGGAUUUGGCUUCUCAUUAAAUAUACUCUCAUUGCUCUUCGUUUGAAGGUUCUGUCAGACUCCAUAUGUAUUUUCUGACUGUAUGAUGUAAUAUAUUGUUUUAAGAUGAAUAAAUGAGCAAAAAGAAUGACCAAUAAUUUGCUAUCGACAUUCUUUAGAGGUCCACCCAAAAGAGUUCCGGAAGGAUAUUGUAGUUUUGUGUGUGUGUAUACCAAUAAAUUCAAACAUAUUAAUAA